AUGACUGCAGUAGCACGAUACAACCGCACCAGCUACUUCUACCCCACAUUCUCAGAGAGCUCAGAGCACAGCCAUCUGCUCGUGUCUCCUGUGCUGGUGGCAAGUGCUGUCAUAGGUGUGGUCAUCAUCCUUUCCUGCAUCACCAUCAUCGUGGGCAGCAUCCGCAGGGACAGGCAGGCCCGGCUCCAGCGGCACCGCCACCACCACCACCGCCGCCGCCGCCACCACCACCACCGCCGCCGCCACCGACACCAAGAGUACGAGCACGGCUACGUGUCCGGUGGUCACACAUACAGCCGCUCGAGCCACAGGAUGCGCUAUGCCUGCAGCCCCACUGAGGACUGGCCCCCACCCUUGGACAUCAGCUCCGAUGGCGAUGUGGAUGCCACAGUGCUCAGGGAGCUGUACCCAGAUUCUCCACCAGGCUACGAGGAGUGUGUGGGGCCAGGGGCCACUCAGCUGUAUGUCCCCACGGAUGCACCACCGCCCUACUCGCUGACCGACUCCUGCCUCAUGCUGGAUGGCCCCCUCGACUUGGGCAGCGGCCACAGCCACAGCCGACACCAGCAGGAGCAGAGGACCCAGGGCCACAGUGGCCUUCGCACCAUCUCCAUGGACACCCUGCCCCCUUACGAGGCCGUGUGUGGGGAUGGCCUCCUAUCAGGCCUCCUGCUGCUGCCAGGACUAGGACCAGGGCCAAGAAGCUCACAGGGCUCACCGGUCCCAACCCGGACAACAGCCUCCAGCCCGGAGAGGAUCGUGUGAGUGAUCCAGCCAGCCAGGUCCUGCUGGUCCCUCCAGGCUGAGCCACAUCCUUCAAGCACACACAGGCACAUACACACACAAAGACAUGCACACCCAACUCA